AUGAGAAGUAGCAAUAAAUAUAAAAGUGAUAUAUUUAGCUUAGGAACAAAAGAAUGGAACUACAUUUUGGAUUAUAUACCAGAUAUUGAGAAAAGUAGUAUUCUUAGUGAAUUAUUGAUAUGUAACAAACUAUUAAAUAAAAAUAUUACUAAUUUAAUAAAAAAUAUAUCAGGUAAUGCUUCAUUAAUAUUGGACAUGAUUAAAUGUAAUGUUUUUGUUCCUUAUAUAGAAGAAAUUAAUCUCAUUGGUAUAAAAUUAUAUGACUGGAAUAAUAGUGAUGAAUUUUACAAAUUAACAAAUAUUACAAAAAGAAACUAUAAAACAGCACUAAGAUCUAUUAAAAAAGUUACUAUUUCUUACUGUGAAAUACCAUGGGACUUGAAAGAAUAUAGAUUUUGGUCAGAAUGGUUAACUUAUAUAGCUAAUACUGAACAUAUAACAUUACAAUAUUGCAAAUUUUAUUCUAAAAUGAAGGAUCGAAAUAUAAAUAGUAAUAAUAAUAAUGAAGCAAAUAUAAAUUCUGAAUUUGAUCAUUUUAAUGGAUCACAAAAUUUUAAUAAAAAGAGAAAGAUAUUAGAUUAUGAGUAUAGAGAUUCUACCAUUUACAACUACACUGAUACUGUCCAAUGCAAAAAUGGAUACUUCCCAAUAUAUAAUUUACUAAGAUCUUGUAAAUACUUAAAGGAAUUAAGAAUUGUAGAUACAAAUAUAAAUAUAAAUCAAAUAUCAGAUUUAUUGAAAUGGUUACAAGAAUUCAAUGCAAAACUUCAUGCUUUAAAUAUUGAUAGAAAUAUACUCAUAUUUGGGAAUAUAAUAAGUUCAGCAAUAACUGGUAAUAAAUUAAUUAAGUAUUUAAAAUAUCUAUCACUUUCUUCUACUAAAUUAAAUGAUGAAGAUGCCUUUUCAAUAUUAACUUCAUUUAUAAAAGAUAAACAAGAAAUUAAUAUGAAAGAUAAUGAUAAUUCUAGAUUAGAUCAUUCUAAAAUUAAGAUUUCUUUUUCAGACAACUUUUUAACAAAUGAAUUUUGUAAUAAAUUACAAAAAUAUACAUGGGAUAAAACUUUGAACUUUAUUCAAGAGGUAAGAAUUGAUAUUUCUGGAAAUCCUAUACUAAAUAACAAAAUAGAUCAAACUUGUAAAUAUAUUCCAAAAUGGCUAAUACUUGAAUAUAAUGAUCUACUACCAGUUUUUAUGGGAAAUGAUCUGCAAUUACCUUCAAGUACUAUUGAAUAUAACGAAUAUCUAUUUAAUCAGUUUAAUAUCUUAAAAAAAGUAGAAACUCCUAACACUCUCCUAAAUAUAGUAGAUGAAGAUUAUGAUUCUGAAGAAGAUGAAGAUUAUAGUUUAAAUAGUCAAGAAAGUAGUGAAAAUGAAAGUAUUAGUAGUUGCUAUAGCAACAGUGAGAAUGGUAAUAGUGUAGACGAUAGUAAAUGUAAUAGCAUUCAUAAUUAUAGAAGUAGUGAUGAUAAAAGUGAUGAAAGUGGAGAUAUAAAUAACUAUGAAAAUAAUAAAGAUUAUAAGCACAAUUAA